AACGUCACUAUAAUUCUUUAAAUAAAGGGUCUUCCUUCCUCUCCCUCCCUGCCUAAAACAGAACAUUUCCAUCAACCAACCAAAAGAAAAGCUUUCAAAAGCAAAGAAAACAGAGCUAACCAAAAGACAAAAUGGUUGCCAAAGUAUACAUUGAUUACUAUUCCAUGUAUGGACAUGUUGAGAAGCUGGCCCAAGAGAUUAAGAAAGGAGCUGAAUCUGUUGUGGGUGUAGAAGCCAAACUUUGGCAGGUUCCGGAAACACUGCCGGAGGAAGUUCUUGGAAAAAUGCACGCACCACCGAAGUCUGACGCCCCUAUCAUUACACCAGACGAGCUCUCCGAGGCGGACGGUGUGCUUUUCGGCUUUCCUACUAGAUUUGGUAUGAUGUCUGCACAGUUCAAAGCUUUCAUGGACUCAACCGGUGGUCUGUGGAGAACACAGGCCCUGGCUGGCAAACCAGCUGGGAUUUUCUAUAGCACUGGUUCCCAAGGAGGUGGACAAGAGACUACCCCCUUAACUUCAAUCACUCAACUUACUCACCAUGGUAUGCUUUUUGUGCCCAUUGGAUAUUCCUUUGGUGCUGGUAUGUUCGAGAUGGAGCAAGUGAAGGGUGGAAGUCCUUACGGUGCUGGAACUUUUGCCGGGGAUGGAUCGAGACAGCCGUCGGAGCUCGAGCUAGCACAGGCUUUCCACCAGGGGAAGUAUUUUUCUGACAUCGCAAAGAAGCUCAAGGGAACAGCUUGAUGAUAUUUCACUUAAUAUUCCACUUUAUAAGCAUGUGUUUGUUUUUUUUUUCACCUUUUUCAUUUGACUUGCUCGACAUCUUGUCACAGACUUGCAUUGUUUCUUCAAGAAUAAAUCAGUGGAUUUAUCUCCAUUAUUAUA